UCGCCUGCGGUGUUAGCAUAUGACGAUAGGAUCAAGCCAUACCUAAUGGGGGACAAAGGGUACCAACUCCAGCAGCAUCUGAUGAUUCCACACACAACUCCAAACCCGACACCAUCCAAGGCAGCUUUCAACCUUCAUCACCACCUUGUUCGGAUUGUUAUUGAGCAAGCAUUUGGACUUCUUAAAAUGAAGUUCAGAUGCUUGGAUCAAAAACAAAGGAUCCAGCCAAAGUACCUUCCCAACAUCAUCAAGAGUUGUUGCAUUUUGCACAAUUUCUUGAUUGAUGCUGGGGAGACUGAUCUUCAGGCGGAGAUCCAAGCUUGGAGGAAAGAGGUGAAAAGGCUCAAGGACCAGGACUUCUUUGUCGAUUACGGUGAUCCCGAGCAAGCGGAAGGGGAGCCUCGUGAGGAGUUGCACAGUCCAGAGGAUGUGAAAGAGGUUAGAGAGAACCUCACGUUUUCCCUCUGUCUUUGCCAGUGGCGUUCGUGUUUGCUUUGAAAUUUGCCGGGAAACAUUUGAAUUUGAAUUACGUGAAUUUUAAGUGUUCGAAUGCA